UCCAUUUUCAGAUAUCUCACAACUACAGAAUGGAAAGAAACAUAUGGUGGACAUAAAGAUGAUAUAAAUAAGCGAAUACAGCGUGCAAUAUUCAAACGUUUGCCAUUUACACAUUGCGCAUUAUCUUUGUUGCCAUUUGAGGAUCCAGUUUGUUCCAGUGAUGGGAUCAUUUUCGAUCUUACAACUAUCGUCCCGUAUAUAAAGAAAUAUGGUGUAAAUCCUGUAACUGGUCAUAAAUUGGCAGCAAAAGAACUGAUCCAUUUGAAAUUCGACAAAGAUAGAGAAGGUAAUUUUCAAUGUCCCGUGAUGUUCCGUGUUUUCACUCCAACAAGUCAUAUUGUAGCUAUACGUCAAACAGGAAAUGUAUAUUCACUUGAAGCUAUUGAGGAGCUAAAUUUAAAGCCUGGACAUUUGAAGGAUCUUUUAACUGAUGAACCAUUUCAGCGAAAAGAUAUUAUAGUAUUACAGGAUCCUAAUCAUCUAGAAAAAUUCAACAUUGAACAAUUUUAUCACGUGAAGCUAGAUUUAAAAACGAAGUCAGAAGUCGAGAAUGAGAAGAAAGCCCUGCAAGACCCCAAAUUCUAUAUUCGACGAAUGAAUAAUGAAACUAAAGAAACAUUGGAAAGACUUGCUAAAGAAUAUGUUCCACCAAAGCGAAUAGAAGAGAAAGAAGUGACAGCAGAUGAGCUGAAUUCAGCGCAUUAUAGUCAAGGUCGUGUAGCUGCGGGACUAACAUCCACGACUAUGGAACCUCUGACUGAGCACAAAGCUGCUAUACUUGAUGAAGAUACAGUCAAGUAUGCGAGAGUUACAAAGAAUGGAUAUAUUAGAAUCAUAACCAAUUAUGGUGAAUUGAAUCUUGAAUUAUAUUGUAAACAAACUCCGAAGGCAUGUGAGAACUUCAUUAAGCACUGCAAAAUGGGUUACUAUAAUAAUACAAAAUUCCAUCGGAUUAUACGGAACUUUAUGGUGCAAGGAGGAGACCCCACAAACACUGGUCAAGGAGGAGAUUCUAUUUGGGGAAAGCCUUUCAAGGAUGAAAUCGUACAUUCAUUCAGUCAUGAUCGACGUGGUGUAUUGAGCAUGGCAAAUCAGGGAACGGACACGAAUAAAUCUCAGUUUUUCAUCACUUUCCGAUCAUGUAAGCAUCUAGACGGAAAACAUACUAUUUUUGGACGUGUAGUUGGAGGUACUGCAACCAUGAACGCAAUUGAGAUGAUAGAAACUGACAGAAAUGACCGUCCGGUGGUCGAUGUGAUUUUCCUUACUGCCGAAAUUUUCGUUGAUCCAUUUGAAGAAGCUGAAGCUUCGAUAAUCAAAGAGAGAGAAGAAAUUCGUUUGAAAAAAAUUGGAAAACAAGAUGAAAAGGUCUCUGCUCCACCAGUAACAGAGAUUCACAUUCAGACGCCACCAAAAUAUGGUUCUGGCAUUGGGAAGUACAUCAAUCUGUCUAAAUUAGCUGUUUCUACAAAACGAUCAUUAAAUGAUGCUGCAUACUCUGUACCGCUGAAGAAAGCUGUCCAGUCAAGACGAACUUUGGAAGAUUUCUCCUCUUGGUAGAG